AUGUCAGGAUUUGUAACACAUUCAAUAACAACACCUGAUGCAGAUUUUAGUCUGAUAGAUUGGAAAGGUAGAGACGUUGGUGUGGGAGUACGAGGAUUACUGAUAGUCAAUGAGGGAACAGUUUGUAACGACGAUUUCAGCAACAACUCUGCCAAUGCUAUUUGUCGUAGGAUGGGGUACAGUGGUCAAAUUAGUUGGACUUCAGCUAAUAGAUGGAAAAUGCAAGAUGACCGACCCAUUGUUAUGGAGGAAGCAAGUUGGCAGGGCAGACAUGCUAAAAGCUGGACCAUGAUCAACAAGAUCACAGGUAAAGCUCCAUCAUAUACUGGCAAAAUCAAGGGAAACUCACCAACGGAAAGGGUUCAGAAAUGGAAGGACUAUUUUGCUACUCUUCUCGGCUCACCACCGACGGUAGAGAACGCGGAAGAGGAUAUUGAUCCAGUCCACCCACCUCUGAAUAUCGGAACAGAACCGUUUACGUUGGAUGAGUACAGGAAAGCAAAGUCCAGCAUAAAGGAAGGGAAAGCAUGGGGUGACGACAACAUAGCCCCAGAAGUCUUAAAACGAUGCGACCUUGAUCAAAUUGUCUUAGACUUCUGUAACAAUGCUCUAUUGAAAGGUGAGAAACCAGACCAAUGGUCAACUGCCAACAUCAUACCAAUUCCAAAGAAGGGCGACCUUAGCGAACCAAUGAACUAUCGGGGAAUAAGCUUGUCAUCCCUAGUUGCCAAGUCUCUAAACAAGAUGGUUCUAAACCGGUUGAAGCCAGAAAUCGAGACAAUUCUGCGUAGAAACCAGAAUGGAUUCAGACCAGGAAGGUCAACAACUCAACAGAUAUUGGUACUGAGACGUCUUAUAGAGGGUGUCAAGAGGGAGUGUAUGCGUUACUACACCAGUUUCCCAGUAAGAUUGCCAGCAGACCCAGAAAAGACCUGGAUGAUCAGUAAGCGUGGCAAAACGACAAAAGUAUACUGCAAUGGGAAAAUGGUUUUGGAAGUCGCUGCAUCCUCAAAAAUAUGCGACAAUCCAGCAUAUAGUACCACAUGGGCUACAUAUUACGGACGAGAAGCAAACGCAAUCUACUUCCCAAUUACCCACACAGCUUCAGACUCAUAUUACAUAGGAACUGAUGUUCCAAAAUGCACUGGACUAGAUGCUAAAUGGAGCAACAUUGUGGCAAGCAGUGACUUUCCAGUACUCAAUGGAACAAAGGUUAUUCUCCGAUGUGAGGAUGGAUACCAUCAAUUUGGGGACACUGAAAUCACAUGUCAUCAAUAUACGCAAUUCUAUUUUGUGACUGAGCCAAAGUGUUCAUUAACGACACCUGAUGCAGAUUUUAGUCUGAUAGAUUGGAAAGGUAGAGACGUUGGUGUGGGAGUACGAGGAUUACUGAUAGUCAAUGAGGGAACAGUUUGUAACGACGAUUUCAGCAACAACUCUGCCAAUGCUAUUUGUCGUGGGAUGGGGUACAGUGGUCAAAUAAGUUGGACUUCUACUGACAAAUGGAAAAUGCAAGAUGAUCGAACCAUUGCUAUGGAUGAUGUGUUUUGUAACAGUGGUGAAUGGAGUUCAUGCUCUUAUUCAUGGUCUCACAACUGUGAUCACAGUAAAGAUGUAUUUCUUCAGUGCCAGGGAAUUGAGCAUGAUACCUGGAAUCCCGUGAUACGAGAAAGAUUCCUCGAUGCUAACUUGGAGACUUCGUAUCUGCAUAUGACAACUUCGAUUAGUUUUUUAGGAAAUAGACAAAACAUUAAGAUAUGGUUUUAUGAUACAGACCUAUACCAGGCUGGAUCAUUCUAUAUCUGGUUUGUAUCCACCUACUCGGUUAAGUACCUGCUAGGGGAGUGUAUGCGUUACUACACCAGUUUCCCAGUAAGUUUGCCUGCAGACCAACAAAGGACCUGGAUGAUCAGUAAGCGUGGCAAAACAAUAAAAGUAUACUGCAAUGGGAAAAUGGUUUUAGAAGUGGCUGCGUCCUCGGAGAUAUGCGACAAUCCAGAAUAUAGUACCACAUGGGCUACAUAUUACGGACGAGAAGCAAACACAAUCUAUUUACCAAUUACCCAUACAGCAUCUGACUCAUAUUACAUAGGUAACCCCUUUAAGAUAAAAAACAUCAAGGCCAAAUUUGCGUAG